CAUGGGGGCGUUUGCUAUUUUAGUGCGAAGAACACGGGCGACGUGCGGGAGACGAAGCCAUGAUCGCGCGAGAUCGCUUCUAGCGCAUUUCGUCGUCGGGGGCAGCUGCGUUGCGGUGUGGGGUCAUGGAGCAGAAGGACAGCAGCGGAGGAGGGCUGGCGCGGCGGGUGAUGCUGGACGGGAGCGGGAGGGAGAUGGACUCGCCGCGGUUCAGGGCGAUCCUGCGGGCGACGAGCGGGCGGCGGAAGCGGGCGACCGACGUGAAGAGCUUCUCGCACGAGCUCAACGCGCGUGGGCCGCACCACCCGCUGCAGCAGCGGAAGCCGCGCGGCUGCGCGAACAGCCCGGAGGAGUUCAUCGGCGCCAUCAGGACCAAGUUCAUCAAGCUCAAGGAUGAGGUCGACGCCGAGCUCGGGGUGUUCGCCGGGGACCUCGUCGGCGCGCUCGACAAGGCCGAGGGGGAUGAGGAACGCGUCGUGCUCGAGGACCUGCUCGUCGUCGCGCAGCGGUGCGCGGAGAUGAGCCCCGAGGAGUUAUGGGUCAAGUGCGAGGGCAUCGUCCAGGGCCUCGACGACCGCCGCCAGGAGCUCACCGCCGGCGUCCUCAAGCAGGCCCACACCCGCGUCCUCUUCAUCCUCACGCGAUGCACCCGCCUCCUCCAGUUCCGCAAGGAAGGCGGCGGAUACAUCGCCGACGACGACAAGCAGCACGUCCUCGGUCUGCACCAACUCAGCGACCUCGGCCUCUACCCCUUCCAGGUUGCCGGCGGCUCGGGCGAGCUCGGCCGCAAGAGCACCUCCAGCUUGACCGAGCUCAAGGAGAGGCUCAUCAGGCGGAGGAUGCUGGAGCACAAGCAACUCACCCUCGACUUCUCCGCGGGCCGUGUCUCGUCGGGAGACACCGGUGACUCCCCCGGCAGCGGCGGCAAGAUCUCAUCUUGGAAGAAGCUGCCAUCCCCCGCCGAGAAGAACCUGCGCAAGAGCACGGAAUCAAUAACAGCAGCAGCAGCGGCAGAGGAGAAGACCACCCCGACCAAGAAGAAGGCCAUUACCAGGAACAAGGCCGCCGUGGAUGAGAUCGUCGAGAGGAUUGAUGCAGCUAGCAUUCACCCCGACGGUCUGUCAUAUCUGGCGGACUCUGCUGUGAAGCUUGAGGUUCCAUCCCAGUACCCAGAGGCCCAGCAGAUCAUCGUCGAUGGGAAGCCGAGGAUGAUAUGCAGAAUCUGUGACUUUGAGAUCCCCAUGGUCUGCGCAGAAGGCCACUUCAUAGUGUGCACAUUGGCUGAUCGGUGUGAUUCAAAGGGCCUGAAUACAGACCAGAGGCUGCAGAGGGUUGCCGAGGUGCUCGGGAGGGUUAUGGCUUGCUUUGAAGCAAAGAGCCCUCACAUUGCAGAAUGUAAUCAUCACGAGACUGCAAGGGGUAGCACAUCGAGUUUAACGGAAUCCGAUGGAUCCAUAGAUCAUGAUAAUCUGUCUCAUCUGUUGACACUGCCGUCGACAGAGUUGUUUUCAGAAGGAGCACUCACACCGGCAUCAGGCAGCAUGCCACAGUCCCCAUUGCUGACACCAAGAACUAGCCACGCAGAGUCACAACUGACUAAACACAAGGCAUUCGUUGAACUAGAGAAUUUUCAGCAGGUUGAAAGCUUAAUGACCAUUGCUAGAGGCAUCGAGAGCAUUAAAAACUAUGAGUACAACUCGCUGGAGGACUUGAGCUCUUACCUAGAAGAUCUGAAUGCUGUUAUUGACACAAGGAAGGUGGAUGCCCUUGUUGUGGAGACGUUUGGAAGAAGGAUAGCCAAGUUACUGCAGGAGAAAUUUAUUCAACUAUGCGGACAAAUAGAGGAUGCAAACACUGAAUCAUUAGGUCCAAUAGACGAAGACGGUCCUAUGGAGAGUAGUGUAAGCUCAAGAACAAGCCAGAUGAAUGGAAAAUUCAAGGAUCGUACUUCAAUUGAGGACUUUGAAAUUAUAAAGCCAAUCAGCCGUGGUGCAUUUGGGCGUGUAUUUCUUGCAAAGAAAAGGGUAACAGGAGACCUUUUUGCCAUCAAGGUGCUCAAAAAGGCUGAUAUGAUCCGCAAGAAUGCCGUAGAGAGCAUCUUGGCAGAACGUGAUAUCUUAAUAUCAGCUCGCAACCCAUUUGUGGUACGAUUUUUCUACUCCUUCACAUGUAGGGAAAACCUUUAUCUUGUUAUGGAGUACUUGAAUGGAGGAGAUCUUUACUCCCUCUUGAGAAACCUAGGCUGCUUAGAUGAAGAUAUGGCAAGGACAUAUAUAGCUGAACUUGUUCUUGCAUUGGAGUAUCUGCAUUCUAUGAAUGUGAUUCAUCGUGAUUUGAAGCCCGACAACCUUUUAAUCUCUCGUGAUGGCCAUUUAAAGUUGACUGAUUUUGGGCUAUCAAAAGUUGGUCUUAUCAAUAGUACGGAUGAUUUGUCUGGUCCAGAUGUCAGCAGUGUUCUUCUAGGUGACCAUCAACCAACAGAUGCAGAACAACGUGCACAGAAGCGAGAGCAAAGGCAAAAGCAGGCAGCUGUGGGCACUCCGGACUAUUUGGCCCCUGAGAUACUGUUAGGGAUGACCCAUGGUCCAACUGCGGAUUGGUGGUCAGUUGGUAUCAUCCUCUUUGAGCUUCUUGUGGGAAUUCCUCCAUUCAACGCUGAGCACCCACAGAUAAUAUUUGAUAAUAUAAUGAAUCGGGAAAUACCUUGGCCACAAGUACCGGAGGAACUGAGUUUUGAAGCAUAUGACUUGAUUGACAAGUUGCUAAGUGAGAACCCUGUACAAAGAUUAGGAGCGACUGGUGCUGGAGAGGUAAAAGCUCAUCCUUUCUUCAAAGAUGUAAACUGGGAUAUGCUUGCCAGACAAAAGGCUGCAUUUAUUCCUUACACAGAUGAUGAAUAUGAUACAAGUUAUUUUGCCUGCCGUCACACAUGGGACGAUCAAGUGAAUGUAGCCUCUAACGAGUACGAUGACAGAAGUGAAACUAGUAGCAUGAGCUGUGGCAGUAGUCCACACAGUGAUUACGAGGAAGAUGCUGAUGAAUUUGGUAGCAUGGAAGAAUUUGGAGCUCCAUCACUGUCUGUGAAGUAUUCUUUCAGCAAUUUCUCAUUCAAGAACAUAUCUCAGUUAGCAUCAAUGAACUAUGAUCUGAUGACAAAGCAUAACGAGGAUCCUUUACAAUCUUCAAAAUCUUGAUAGUAUGAACUUGAGAGAUUCUCCCAAUAAGGCUGGCUGCAGGCAGGAUCUUCCUCAGCAGUGAACUCCCACUAUUUACAAUGCUUUGGAUGAUGAUAAAUUGAUGACGGGAACUUGCUUAGGUAGACUGAUUCGAGUAAAAUGGCUUGCCUCAGUUUCUCUCUUGUGAGGAAAGAGGGGUAUUUCUUUAUGGAGAAUGCAAUCCAUGAUCCAGAUACAGCGUUGAGCGAUGAACAGUUGCAGGGAAACGCUUAGCUUGCAGAUGCAUUUAAGGUGUGGAUAGGUAGCACAGAUAUCAUAGGAAAAGAAUGGCACCCACUGUUUUGGGCCUUUUGGCACAGUAGGUAUAUCUUCUUCAAAACUUGUGAGUGGUGCAAGAUUGAGUUGUGUGGUAGUUUGGUGCAGUGUUUGCAUCGAUAUUAGGAAAGUCAUGUAUGUUUUACCCUAUUGUAUUCAUUCCCUCUCCUUAUUAUUUGCA